AAUACACUCAUCACUACACAAGGCCUUCAUUUCCAUUAUCUCCUUCAUUUUCGCAAAGCCAUGGUGAAACCCUCACCAUGGUCAUGGGCUCCUCCUCAUCCCCUCUCCUCUUCUUCCUCUCCCUUCCCUCCUCUCCUCAAAGAAGCGCCAUUAGAGGCCUCCACUCCUCCCCACUCCCCUCCCCCAAACCCCUCACCAAGCGUCGCAACCACCUCCGCAUCAAGCUCCCCAAAACCCUAGAAACGCCUCCCCAAAACCCACCUCCUCUCCCCCUACAAACCCACCAAACCCCUCCUCAAAACUCUCAGCUCGAUGAGGCCCGUGAAGCCUCCGCCAUUGCCCACCUCCCCGUCCUCGGAGCGGAGGUCGAAGCCCUCGAAGAAGCGGCCGACCCAUUCCCCCCCGCGCCUGCGCAUCGAUGGCUCCCGAACCCGGUUCUCGACCUAGGUUUGCGAUUCGCUCUCCUUCUUGUUGUUCAAACCCUUGCCGCUGUUUGGUUCCUCGGCAGUGGCCGCGGCAAUGGGAGCUUGGAGAAGAGGAGGGAGGGUUUGGAACAGGGGAGGGUGGAGGGACAUGUGGGCAGAGUAGUCGGCGAGGUUUCGGAGUUCGAAAGAAGGUUGCAAUUGAUAAGAGCAAUGGUGAAGGAGGUGAGGGAGAAGGAAAGGAGGGAUCUUGCGGCCGGUAAGGAUGGAAUUAGGGACGAAAUCGGUCGAGGGCUCGCUCGUUCGAAGAAGAGUUCUUCUACGAAUUCGAUGAGUUUGAAUGGAAAGAGGGAGACAGGGGAAUCAAAUGAAAAGAGAAAGCUCGAAGCUUUGAGCUCGAAUGCGAAGAGUAGAAAUGUUUCCAAUGGAUUUGGGGGUUCAGAGGUUAAAGAUGAUGAUGAUGAUGAUGCAAAUGGCGGUUAUCAGCAGAUUGCUUAUCAUAGUCCUGUGGAAGAGUCUUCUCAAUUGCAUAAAACAGAUGAAGUACGACCUCCCAACUCUUUGACGCCAAGGAAUCUUCGUAAUUUGGAAACUUUAACGGCUUCAUCUAGUUGGCAUGACAAAUCUAUAGAAGAAAAGAAACUCAUGCUUGAUGACCGGAAUACUCAAAGUCCCAUUAAAGCGGCGAAAAUGAAUAGGAAAAAUGACGAUAUUGAUGCGGAAGAGAAAUCGUGGUGGUUGAAACUCCCAUAUGUCCUAGGAAUUUUUUUACGCAGAGGUGUAGAGCGAAGUGGCCCCAGAGGACUUUAUUCGUUAAACAUGGACUUGUCUUCAGAAAAUGACGAUUCUCCAUCCUAUACAGUUGCAUUUCAAGAUCGUGGUGAUGCGACAAAUUUCUGCUACUUGCUGGAGUCAUUUUUCGAAGGCUUGGGUGACGUCAGUGCCGACGUUGUUCCUCUGACAAUUCAAGAGCUUAGUGAGGCCGUCGAGUCGAAUGAAUUGAAGUUAAUUGUUGUAAGAAAAGGCCAGCUUCAACUAUAUGCUGGACAGCCUUUAGCAGAAGUCGAGACCGUGUUGCGAUCUCUGAUGCGCUAGAAGCUGAAACAAGGGAUGCUUAUAUUUCCUGCUGAGGUUUGAUUCAUUUGCAUCUUUUAAACUAUUCAAUAGUGUCUAUUACUUUUGAUCAUUUCCUUUCUUUAUCCAUUGUAGAAAAUUUUCCAACUCUUCUACAGUGUUGGGAGCAUGGUUUUAUUUUUAUUAGGUUGGGGAAAAGUAUAUAGGAUUUGCUUUUUCGCUUUUUGGUGGGACCGCAAAAAUUAUAUUAGAAUCGAAUAGUUUUGAUCUAAGCAAAAGUAUAUUUUUGUAGAAGUAAAUGGAAUGGAAUAUUUGUCAAUCUUACCUUUUCCGCAAUCCCAAACAAAGUCUUAUAAAGUU